ACUCAAGCUGUCCCGGCCCGAUCUUCAACAUGUGUGGCUCAACACGGAAGCACAGUCGGUGAUUGAUGCCACGUCUCUCUAUCCCGAUUGGACCUUCUUCUACUCCACUAACACCCGUCAAAGCGACAUCUCAGCACCAAAGCAAGAACAACAAGGGGAAGAGGUCCUGCGGGCAUAUGAUACGUCGCUCGCACUCCUACUGACAGUGGCCUCCGCGGCGCCAAGCGUCGUGACUGGCCCCAACAACCCCGCAGUGUCCCUCGCGGCGGCGCAGGGUGAGAAUGGAGUAGCAACGGAGGUGCCUAAGGGCAUCGAGCAGGCGGCGGCGGCGGGCAAUCUGGACAAGUUUGAGGGGACGACGAUCGUGAGUCCGAGCACGGACAGCAUGCUGCUGGUGGACGUGAAAGCGGCCGGAUGGAACAAAAUGAAGUGCCACAAGGACCUCGGCAAGCCCGGGGACGGCGCGUGCACGCCCGCCAACUGCAGCAAGGGCGGCAUCCCGGCGAAAUGGAAGACGUCGAAUCUGCUCAAGAACAAGCUGGGCGUGGAGAUGUACGUCAAAGGUAACCCGCUCACGCUCAAGAAGGCAUCCCCGCAGACGUGCUGCAACACGUGCGCGUCGUUCAAGAGCUGCACGUACUGGCAGUACAUCCCCGAUAUAACCAUCGACGGCAAGAAGACGGACGGCGCGUGCUACCUGGUGCACGACAACAUCGACUACUCGUGCGGCGAGCUCACCGCGCAGUACGCCACGGACUCGAAGCCCAUCGCGCUGCAGGUGCGCACGGGCGGCGAGUGCAACCCCGCCGCGAACGUCGUCAACGACCCGCAUCUGGUGGGCGCGUUCGGGACGCACUUCGACUUCAACGGGCGGCCCGACAAGGCGUUCUGCCUGCUGACGGACCGCGACCUGCACGUGAACAUGCUGCUGCGCGGGUACUACUCGGACGACACGGAGAACGCGGCGCUCGUGGUGGACGGCAAGGCCGUGCACACGUGGAUCAAGGAGCUCGGGCUCGUGUGGUUCGCGGCCGGCGCGGAUCACAAGCUGCGCCUCGCGGCGCGCGGCGGCAAGCAGCAGGAGCGCGGCGAGGGGUUCAUGAAGACGAUCGAGAUCGACGGCGAGGAGAUCCCGAGGAUGGCCGUCGGCGACGAGGUGAAAACUGAGGGCGGCUUGACGCUGCGAUUCGCGGCGCUGGAGAAGGAGGGGCCGUAUGACGUGGACUACUACACGCUCGCGAUCGACGGGCUCGUGUCGCUCGACCUGCGCCUGCGCGUCGCCAACCCGAAGCUGCAGACGCCGAACGACGCCGAGGCGCACAUCAACGUGGGGAUUGUCGAGCUGGAGCACACCGACGACGUGCACGGCGUGCUCGGCCAGACGUACCGCCCCGACCACGCCGCGCGCGCCGCAGAUUUCCAGCGCCUGAUCGCGAAUCUGCACCGUCCGAUUUCCUCGGACAGCGAGGAGGGCGUGGGGUUCCUGGACGGCACGCCGCGGUCGUACGAGUCGAGCUCGGUGCUCUCCGUGGACUGCGCGCACACCGAGUACCACCGCGCCAAGCAGCUCAGCCCCGUCGAAGAGUUCCCCCGCGAGCCGCUUCACUGA